AUGGCAGGCUUUUCCAGCAGCUUGAAGACCGAAGCGGGUCUGAAGGAGCUCAAUCAGCAUCUAGCUGGCGUCAGCUAUGUUUGCGGCGGCGUUGCAGCCACACAAGAAGAUCUUGACUUGUUGGCGCAGGCUCCCGGUAACAUCGAUUCAGGACAUGGACACGAACAAUUUCCUCAUGUUUGCCGCUGGGCUCGACACAUUCGAGACUUGCAACGGAACUUCCCUUUCCGGAAGUGGCCGCGGGCGAAUGCCAAAGAGAAAGACACCAAAUCUGAAAAAAACAAGGACCAAGCAAAACUCGAGGGUUUGCUCCCUGGAGCUGAAGUGGGAAAGGUUUGCACUCGCUUUCCUCCUGAGCCAAGUGGCUACUUGCACAUUGGCCACGCGAAGGCAGCCAUGCUCAACAACCACUAUGCGAGGCACUACAAGGGCAAGCUGAUUCUCCGCUUUGAUGACACCAACCCCACCAAAGAGAAGCUGGAGUUUGUUGAAAACAUUAUGAAGGACUUGGCUACCCUGCAAGUGAAGCCAGACCAGGUGAGUCACACCUCUGACUACUUUGAUCAGCUGCAAUCGGCGAUGGAGGACCUCAUUAAGAAAGGAAAAGCCUACGUGGAUGACACGGACCAAGAAACGAUGAGGGCUGAGCGUGACAAGGGCACUGCAAGCAAGUCUAGAUCCUUGCCCGUAGAAGAGAACCUCAGACGGUGGGCUGAGAUGCUCAAAGGCUCAGAAGAGGGCCUGAAGAUGUGUGUGCGUGGCAAAAUGGACAUGCAAAAUAACAACAAGUGCUUGCGAGACCCUGUCUUUUACCGCUGCAAAGUGGACUUGCCUCAUCACAGGCAUGGCACGAAGUACAAGGCAUAUCCAACCUAUGAUUUUGCCUGCCCAGUAGUCGACGCUUUGGAGGGUGUGACUCAUGCUUUGAGAACCAUCGAGUACAAAGACCGGGAGGCACAGUACAAGUGGGUGCUGGAAGCUACUGGAUCUCGCAAAGUUGAGCUGGUCGAAUUCGCCAAAACACAAUUUUCCUACACCAUCCUCUCCAAGAGGAAGCUAGCCUGGUUCGUUGACAAUGGUCAUGUCGAUGGCUGGGAUGAUCCACGCUUCCCAACGGUGCAAGGUGUGAUGCGGCGUGGCAUGACGGUGGAAGGCUUGCAGGAGUUCGUGUUGACGCAAGGCAUGUCAAAGGCAACAAACAUGAUGGAAUGGGACAAGAUCUGGGCGAUCAACAAGCAGAAGAUUGAUCCUGUUGUGCCACGGUAUCCUGCUGUUGCUGAUGAUGCCGCAGUUCUCCACUUGGAUGGCCCUGCGGAGCCGGCAAGCAAGAUGGAAAAGAAGCAUCCCAAGAAUGAUGAAUUGGGAGAGCGGCUGCUCCUUCAGUCUAAAGACAUUUACAUCGAACAGGAGGACGCUGCUGCGAUUGAAGAAGGCGAACAAGUUACACUUUUACAUUGGGGCAAUGCCUAUGUCGACAAAAUAACAAGGGCGAACGGAAAAGUCACAGAGCUCAAAGGUCGGCUCAACAUUGAGGGCAACGUGAAGGAUACCAAGAAAAAGAUCCAUUGGGUGCCCAAGCUCGACCAACAGGUCACACCAGCAAUUCUUCGUGAGUUUGACCAUUUGGUGACGAAGCCCAAAAUGGAGGAUGAGGAUGAUGUGGCAAACUUGAUCAAUCCCACAAGUGUUGUGGAUACUCAGGCCAUUGGGGACCCUUUGCUGAAGACUUUGCCGAAGGGAUUCAAGAUUCAGCUGGAACGUCGGGGCUACUACAUUGUAGAUCGACCAUUUUUCCAGCCCGGCCAGCAGAAACCGGAGCCGAUGGUGCUCGUGAAGAUCCCGGAUGGCAAAAGCAAGGACAUGGGCAUGAAGUCCAAGGUAGAUCCUUCAAAGCUUCAAGGUGCAGCAGGGCAGAAAAGCGAAAAGGCUGAGAAGGGGAGGACUGAUGCAGGUUCGCCAGCAAAGGUGGAGCCAGCAAAAGUGGAGCUGAAGGAGUCGAAGGGAAAGGCUGAGAAAGAGAAUGGGAAGGCAAAAGCAAAAGCAAAGGUGGCAGCAAAGCCUGCAGAACGGCCGCUGGAUGAUUUUUCAAGGCUCGACAUCAAGAUCGGCAAGAUCACAAAGGUGUGGCCACACGAAUCAUCCGACAAGCUGUACUGCGAGGAGAUUGACUUGGGUGAAGACAAACCGCGGCAAAUUGCGUCUGGUCUUCGAGCACAUCUGAAGCAAGAGGAGAUGCAAGAUCAACUUGUGGUGGUGCUCGCCAACCUGAAGCCCAGGAGACGCUCAAUGCCUCCGCGCUGUAAACACAUCGGUGGUCCUUCAGAGCGUUCGCCGUAA